AUGUCGGCCCCCGCGAACCCAUCGACGGUCGUUCGCAGCCACUCAACCUCUUCGCGCCCAUCCAGGGCGGCCCAAUCCGAGCUGCCUCAUCGCACGCGAAGUGUGGCGGUCCGAUCGUCCAACGACUCCCAGCCCCCUCACCAAGCACACUAUUCACACUCCAAGACCCCCUCGCACGACCGUCGUCCGCCCUCCAACACCGCACAGCUGGAAAGCAUUGCCCGUCGGGACUUUGAAACCUCCAAUGUCGCCAGAAUGCCCUCUCGCCGCGAUCACUCCUCCGAGCGCUCGCAAGAGCGUCCCUCGACGGCCACCCGGACCGAACCCACCCGACGACACUCCAGAAACCACUCUACGCAUGCUCACAAGCGGGAGAGCAUGGACACGGCGAGGACCGCGGCGCCCGACCGCUCUGUUGAAUCUUCGUCGCAUGCGACCGCGCCGCAGAGCACCUCGACCUCGUCCGGCGCACAACCCAGACGCCGAACUACGAUCACCACACCCACGGGCCAAUGGGCGCUCGGGAAGACCAUCGGUGCGGGGAGCAUGGGCAAGGUCAAGCUAGCCAAGAAUAUGGAAACCGGAGAACAGGUUGCCGUCAAGAUCGUCCCCAGACUCUCGACCGAAGAGCAUCGAAACAGCCGCGACACCGAACGCGCGGACCGUUCGAAGGAAAUUCGUACUGCGCGUGAGGCGGCCAUUGUCAGUCUCGUGAGCCACCCGUACAUCUGCGGCAUGCGCGAUGUGGUGCGCACGACAUACCAUUGGUACAUGUUGUUCGAGUAUGUCAAUGGGGGUCAGAUGCUGGACUACAUCAUCUCCCACGGCAAGUUGAAGGAGAAGCAGGCUCGCAAGUUCGCCCGUCAGAUCGCGAGUGCGCUCGAUUAUUGCCACCGCAACAGCAUUGUCCACCGAGACCUGAAGAUCGAGAAUAUUUUAAUCAGUAAGACUGGUGAUAUCAAGAUCAUCGAUUUCGGCCUCAGCAAUCUCUUCUCACCGAGAAGUCUCUUGAAGACCUUCUGCGGCAGUCUUUACUUCGCCGCUCCUGAGUUGCUUCAAGCCAGACAGUACACCGGACCCGAGGUCGAUGUGUGGAGUUUCGGAAUUGUUCUUUACGUUCUGGUUUGUGGCAAGGUUCCUUUCGAUGACCAGAGUAUGCCUCAGUUGCAUGCAAAAAUCAAGAAGGGUGUUGUAGAAUACCCUCCUGGCCUCACCACUGAGUGUCGCCACAUCAUUUCUCGCAUGCUGGUCACAGACCCCAAGCAGCGUGCACCCCUUAGCGAAAUCAUGAAUCAUCCCUGGAUGAACAAGGGGUUUAAUGCGCCCCCUGAGAACCAUCUUGCCCACCGGGAGCCUUUGCAGCUCCCGUUGGAUCAGGAUGUCAUCGGGAAGAUGACUGGGUUUGAUUUCGGUCCUCCAGACUACAUCCAGGACCAACUGAUCAAGGUGAUUGAGUCGGAGGAAUACCAGCAUGCAGUACGGCUUAACUACCGCGAGCAGCCUGUGCUCAACCAGGCCGAAAAGAAGCGCGGCGUUUUCGACUUCUACAAGCGACGCAACUCUGCCGCGAGCCGUGACACUCUUUCCGCACCUUCAGCUGAGGCCGUGCAGCUGGGCAAUGACCCUCUCAAUGCCUAUAGUCCCCUCGUAUCAGUCUACCAUCUGGUGAAGGAGAAGAUUGACCGAGAGCGAACCGAGUCUCGCCCUGGUGCUCUGGGUCUCGGCAAACCCGCCGGCGAAGAACUGUUGCCUGCAGUCGCAGCCCCCGCGGCUGCUCACACCAACCAGUACCAGCUCCCGGGAGAGAAGGACACUGGCCGCCGGUCUCGACCCCGAGCCCGAACCCAUGGCGAGGAGGAAGUGACCGAGGGCAUGAAGAACCUCCACUCACAUUCCCCCUCUGCCCAUGCAGUGCCAAAUGUGGUGCAGCCUGGUACUCCCAAGAAGUCGAGCGCUGCUGCUGGUAUUUUACGGCGCUUCAGCACUCGCAGGGCCAAGGAUCGCACCCGCGAUAUCGAACGGGAGCGUAUCAGCACUCCCAACACACCUACUCUGAAUGUCCAACCCCCUGCCGACUCUGCAUCUCCAAUGCACCGUGGAUUCAGCGUGCGCCGAACGCGACGUCCCGAGAUGGCAGGUCCUCUCCCUCCCGAUGUUGGCCAGCCCCAGCAGGACCUGCUCGCUGCUCCCGGUUCGCAGCAAUCCUCGCAGUCCAAAUUCCUGGGCCGCUCUACCAGCGUAAACUCUGCCGACUACCGACCUCGCAGGGCCCGGAGAAGCGAUGCUGAUGCGCUGGACGCUGGUCAGCCUCCUUCGACGAGUGGAUCCGACCAAUUCGGACCUAAUAGCCAGAGCGACCAGGCUGGUUUGAAAACUGGCCCUCGCACCCACACCGCACGCACGAUGUCUCUUGGUCACGCCCGCCGAGAGAGCAUCCAAGCCCGCCGGGCUCGACGCGAGGCUGCCCGAGAGGCCAACGUGCCGGAGGAGACCGAUGCAGAUAUCUCUGGCGCAGGCACCGCACUCGAAAGUGCCAAUGAAGGCGAGGAUCUGUCCAAGCCUGUCUACCUCAAGGGUCUCUUCAGUGUGUCGACCACCAGCAGCAAGCCUCUGCCCGUCAUCCGGGCCGAUAUUAUUCGCGUUCUCAAGCAACUCGCAGUCGAAUACGUUGAAAUCAAGGGCGGCUUCAGCUGCCGCCACGCCCCGAGCAUCGACCUCGACAAAGUGGUCGAUGUUGGCCCGCCUAGCCCUGACCGACAGGGCCAAGUCUCCCACCGACGCCGGAUCAGCUUCGGUGGUCUCCUCGGUCACGAUGAUAGCCGCGACGACAGCCGCACCGGCCAUGCGAAGCUUUCACGUCGUACCCAAGGCCAGCCCGAUCGCAGCUUCACGACCAACUCGGAUGCGUCCGACGAGUACGUUGCUCACGAUCAACCCUCCGGUGGCGCCGCUGUUGGCGAGCGCGUUGUUGGCGAAACCACAACCCGAGUCCAGAGCGACACGGGAGAGAACCUCGUCUUGCGCUUUGAGAUUCUCAUUGUCAAGGUGCCUCUGUUCUCCCUGCACGGUAUUCAGUUCAAAAAGGUCUCCGGUGGCAUGUGGCAGUACCGAGAGAUGGCCAAGAAGAUACUUGAUGCCUUGCGCCUGUGA